CUUGUGGCCACUGGUGAUAGGUCUUGACUUAAAAUGAGCUCUGGUGAGUUCAGUCUCAACGUUCAAGUUUUGAGAUGGGCAGGUCUCGCAAGUCCCGACGGUUGCCCAGUUUCGCGCUGGGGCAAUUUAUACAUCUCCGCGUUUACUGCCCCUUUCGUGAUAAUGUCGCUUUUAGCCAUGGCCUACUUUUUCUUGUCACCUUUUUCGCUAAUCAACGCGACCAUCUACGGCUACAUACUAGUCAACCUGAUACUCACCAUAUUCCGCAUAUCUUUCUUUUUCAAUAACAAAGCGAGACUAGAAAAUCUGAUAAGGAUUUUUUCAGAAAAUUUUGGUCAAAGUGACGAUCUGGACAAAGAAAAUAGAUUUAUGCGGAGGACGUCGAAGUAUAAAAUUAUGAAGCUGACGAUAACCAUGUUGGUUUACAACGCUAUUUCUGUUUUAAUCACCGCUAUUCUUCCGGCGUCAGAAAGGGUUUCACGUGCAUUGGAAUGCGAGGAAGUAAAAUGCUCCAGAGAAAUGAGCUACGAAAUUUGGUUUCCAACCGACAGCCACUUGAAACCAACUUACUAUAUAUUAAUAAUAUGGCAGAUGAUUUCUGCUUUAAUAUUUACUGCGAUUUCUUGUUCCUGUGACGCAUUUUGCUGCUCACUCACACUGGCCGCCUCGGAACGAGCUGCUUUUCUGGCGCAAACGGCGCCUAUGGCCCUUCUACCUGGUGCCAGAGGCCAAAUAACGCCAAUUUUUAAAACUUGGGUUAAACACCACCAAUCGUAUUUAAAAGCCGUGGGUGAAAUAAAUAAAAUCAUGGGAUCACUAAUUUUCCUUACGCAUGGCUUUACUGGAAUAAGCAUUUUGGCCUAUUGCUAUUUUUUCAUGAGUUAUCCACAAAACCCAAUCAAUUCCGUCACCAUCACAACAAUGGCUGGAUUUCUCGUUCAAAUAUUCAUUUAUUCGUCCUGUGGCCAGGGUCUAAUCGACCAAAGUGAGAAUCUGGCAAAUCGAGUUCUGAACGCAUCUCAAGUGGCACGAGGCGGGUUGCAGGGAUCGGGCGGCGCGCGCUCCAGCCUCUUGGUCGUGAUAACGCGCCUAUCCGCAGGUGCCCCGCCAGAACACGUCGAGCCCCUGGGAUUUUUCACUUCCUCCAUGGAACUUUUUGUUCGGCUCAUUACAACGUCUGGCCUGUACAUCAUGAUUCUGAUCCAGUUGCAGUGAUUUUAGGCCAUAAAUCGUGGAGUCACUUUAGCUUUAUAUGGUACUGGACCAAGUGUGAACGCACCUUCCACCUCCCUGCUAUUGGGUGGAGCGCACCCUUCUGGCACCUCCAGCUUGUAUCUCUGCAUAAGCGCCGAAAACAAAAGGAACAAGUUGUUUUUGGCCAGGGUUUCACCCAGGCACUGUCUUUUCCCUAAAAGGUAUAACAAAGAAAUUUAUCAAGU